CUUUGAUGCUGACACACAUGGUUGUAUUUUGCUCCUGAGGUCUGAAACUUCCUAUUCUCAGACAUGGGUCAGUCUAAUUUAUUCAUUUUGAUGAUUGCCAUUCCUCAAAUUUUCUCUCAGGCAGUGAAACAAAAUGAAUGUGUGUGCAACCUACAAAAUUCCGAUCCUGUUUUCCCUGAGAACACACUAGCUAAAGUACAGACUGCUGCUGCAGAAUGCAUUAAGGAUAUCACUUCAGAAAAGAUGACAGAAGUUGACAGACUUUUGCUUGGUCUACGACAACGUAUCAAGCAACUUAAUGAAAAUGUGGUCACCCUGGAAAAAGAGGAUGACAAAAAUCUGUAUGGGGCCAUAUCUCUGCGCAUCAUUGAGUUAGAAUUAGCUGAGAUUCUGACCCUCCUUAACACACUUAACAGAACCACCAGCAAUUACCAUCAUCUUAGUAUAGAGACUGCAGCUCAGCUUCAGGACAUGACGGACAUGAUGGUGAACCUGGUCAAAUUUGACAAGAUGCAGGUGAUAAAGAAAGAGCAUGAGAACCAGCAGAUUAAAAAAGACCUGGAAAAGUGUAAGAAUGAGCGUAAGGCCACCUUACCACCCCCUACACUUUCGCCAGGUCACUGUGGUCUGGGUCAAAUGGUCAAUGUGUCGGGACCCAAAACAUAUUCCCUCACAAAAUAUGGAACCUCCUACCCUUACGGUGCUUGGGGUAGAGAUGUAAACCCUGCCCCAGGAGAUGAGAAGAAGUACUGGCUGGUGGUGCUGUCCUCUAGUAAUGUAUAUGGCCACUACGUCCGCCAGUACAGUACUAUGAGUACUCUUUUAUUAGGUUUAGGACCUGCAGAUACAUACAUAUCAAGCUCCAACCCCACAACUAACACAAUUCAGGGGCCAAACAUGGUCAUGUAUGGCAAUGCGCUCUAUUAUAACUGUUAUAACACGAUGUCCGUCUGUCGGUUCAAUAUGACGACUCGCACUGUCAGUAAUGUGGCACUACCUAAGGAUGCAGGUUACAACAGUAAGUUUCCGUUUGGACUUCUUGGAGUACCAUACAGCUAUACCGACAUGGAUUUUGCCACAGAUGAAUCCAAUUUAUAUGUUAUAUACGCAACUACAGGCAACUUCGGAAAUGUGGUUAUCACUAAACUUGAGACUAGUACUCCACCAGUUUUGGGCCAAACUUGGUACACUUCUCUGCACAAAACAACAGCCACAAACACCUUCAUUGUAUGCGGUGUGCUUUAUGCGACUCGUUAUAUCGAUAAAGAAACAGAACAGAUCUUUUAUUCUUUUGACACCAAAACCAAUGAGGAGCACUAUGAUUUGAAAAUUCACAUUAGGAAGAUGCAGACCAAUAUUGAGUAUCUGAAUUAUGACCCCAGAGAUCACUUGCUGUACGUGUACAGUGAUGGCUACAUUGUAACCUAUGAGGUCAUGUUUCAGUAAGUUUGCAGAGAACUUUACAGCAAUUUCGCAGAACAGCAUUUGCGCAUCCAAGAUCGCAGUUUAUUAUAAAAAUAUAUAUAAAAAAACAGUAAUUCAUACUGUUAGGUACCCGGAUGGUAUAAUAUUUCUGGUGGAUUUUAGAAGUGUGCAUCCAAGUAUGCUUUUUAUUCGAGUUUUGCCUACAAUCCCUUGUGAUAUGGAAGAAGCAGAGUUUGCGGUAGAUCCCUUUCCACUUUUUCAGUUGUUGCGGGAAAUGCAUGGAUUUUAAAUGUAAGAGUUCAAAGAUUAUAUUAAAUUUCAAUGAAGAUUACGAAUUUAGCUAAAUGCUAACUCUUAAAUGCAAACAAUAUGCAACAAAGGAGUCUGCAUUAUCAAGACCAGUGUUGGGUUACUCAAAAAGUUAUCUAUUACAAAUGACUUCUUUACAAUUGUAAUCAGAUAACUAUAAUGUUUGGUUCAUUGAAAAAUAAAUCACAUUACUAAUUACCUUAAAGUUACUUUCUAAACACUUUUCACAGAACCCAAGUAAUGAACUAAAGAUUAUUUGAAAGACUGUAACGUAAUCUGAUUACAAAAAUUAAAAAUGUAAUGUGCUACACAAUUCUUUUUUUAAAUAGAAAUGCAAUUUGAUUACAGUAACUAAUUACUUCGCACUUAGAUUACAUCCAACACUGAUCAAGACACGUUGAUGAUGUUGUAAUGCAAGUGUACUGUCUUACUCCAAAAUAUGUACUUUCCCAUCAGGACAUACAGUUCAUUUAGUGUGUCGUAGAAGUAUGUGAAUUGGGAUGCACCCUAUGAAUAUGAUUUCUUCAAUCUUUGAAAUGCUUGGCUUUGUUUUGUGAGUUGAUGAAAUUCACUGAUGUAUCGCAAAUUUCUUGAAAUAAAGUACA